UCGAUAAUUUAAUCGAUAUUUCGCCACCUCUAUAUCUUAGACCGAAUUAGAAAUUUUUUAAGCCAGCCGUAAUAAAAAUCAAAGCCUGACCACAACCUGGACAACGUGUCCGGAAAAGGCACCACCACCUGCCAUGCGUAAAGCGCAAAAGUCGGCAUUGCCCUGAAACGACCCCGGAGUAAGAUAACCCGUACUGGGUCUCGAAGCUGAACGCGAUGCCGUGCUGGUACUACGACAAAAAAGAUCUGCGGGAAACACCUUCGAUUCUCGAUGGCAUUAGCUUUGAGACGGAGCGCCGGUAUCGGAAAGAGGGUGCCCGCUUCAUCAUGGAAUGCGGCACCAAGAUGGGCCUGGGACACAACACAAUGGCCACCGGCGUUGUGUACUUCCAUCGCUUCUACAUGUGUCACUCGUUCCGCAGCUUUCCACGAUACGUAACCGCCUGCUGUUGUCUGUUCUUUGCCGGUAAAGUGGAGGAGACACCCAAGAAGUGCAGGGACAUCAUCAAAACGGCACGUGGCAUCCUGAGCGACAACUACUUCUAUUCGUUCGGCGAAGACCCCAAGGAGGAGGUGAUGACGCUGGAGCGGAUACUGCUGCAGACGAUCAAAUUCGACUUGCAGGUGGAGCACCCGUACACCUUCCUACUGAAGUACGCCAAGUGCUUCAAGGGGGACCAGCAGAAGCUGCAGAAGAUGGUCCAGAUGGCAUGGAAUUUCGUCAACGACUCGCUCAGCACGGUGGUCUGCCUGCAGUGGGAACCGGAGAUAAUCGCCGUAGCCCUCAUACACCUGGCCAGCAAGCUGAGCAAGUUCACGGUGCAGGACUGGGAAGGUCGGCAGCCACAGCACCAGCGCUGGUGGGACAUGUUCGUCUCGGACGUUACCAUGGAGAUCCUCGAGGACAUCUGCCACCAGGUGCUGGACCUGUACCAGUCAACCCAGAAGGAAGCUCUCCAGCCGAACAGCCCGCCUCAGAAGCCACCCAGUCGCGCGGACAGUCCCACGCCAGCUAAAGCGCCGAAUCCUUCGGUGCUCCUUCCACCAGCUGCCCAGCAACUGCCACCUCCGCCGCCCAUUAGCAACAAUGGCAACCUUGGCGAUCCUAGCAAAAUUCAACCCAUCAAGUCGCUGUCCAAUCCAGUGCCCAGCAUGGGCCCUGGCGAACCCCUGCCAAUGCCACCCGGUUCAGUGCCAGCCGGACCGCCCGCCGGAUACCACAUGUACCAUGCACCACCCCCGCCGCCACCGCCCAUUGUGCCUAUGCCGUACCCCGGACCGGGCUGGGGUGUCCAGCCGGCACCGGGCUCGCAAUAUCCGGCUAACGUGGCCCAGCCACCGCCGAUGCCCCCAAACAUGGCACCCGGACCGGGCGGCAGCUACUUCAACGCUGGCCGCCAGCCGCAACAGCGAUACCAAUAAUGCGAAUGGAUAGGGUCACCUUUGUUAGAUCCAGAUCCCAAAUGCACUUUUAUAAUAAUAAUAAUAAAGCGUAAUUUUAUUGAAAAACAA